UCCAGCUUCUCUUUCAAUUCACCGGGCGCCUGCUAUUCCCUCUGUCGUCCGUUUUGUGGCUGGUACAGAGGCAACAUUUUGGACCGGACUGACAGCAGAGUCACCAUGGUGUGCGGAGGGUUCGCCUGCUCCAAGAACUCGCUAUGUGUCCUCAACCUGCUCUAUAUUAUGGUCAGCCUCCUGCUGAUCGGAGUCGCAGCCUGGGGAAUAGGAUUUGGCCUCAUUUCCAGUCUUCGAGUGGUUGGAGUCGCCGUUGCUGUUGGGAUCCUGCUAUUUCUCAUUGCUCUGGUUGGGCUCAUUGGAGCAAUUAAACAUCAUCAAGUGUUGCUGUUUUUUUACAUGAUCAUACUAUUUUUGGUCUUCUUCGUACAAUUUUCAGUAUCAUGCGCGUCUCUGGCUAUAAACAGCGACCAGCAGAAACAACUUUUGGAAGUCGGCUGGAACCAUACAAAUGGAGCUCAUACUGACAUUGAAAGAAGCCUGAACUGUUGUGGAUUUCACAGCUAUUCUCAAAAUGACACCUGUGGGGCUACAUGCACGCAGGGUUGCCAGCCAUGUGCUCCAAUAAUUGAAAGACAUGCAGAAGAAGUGCUAAGGGUUGUGGGAGGAAUUGGUUUCUUCUUCAGCUUUACCGAGAUUCUUGGUGUUUGGCUGACUUACAGAUACAGGAACCAAAAGGACCCAAGAGCAAACCCCAGCGCGUUUCUUUGAUUUAGACAACCCUAAGACUACUACUUCAGUUUAUUUAAUGCAUCUCUGCAGCUUUUCUGGUUGCUGUGGUUGAUUUGUUUGAAGGACACUUCUUAACUGUGAAUUCUUUUUUUUUUUUUCUCUUUUCACAAGAAGUAGAAAAUAUGAUCUCAGUUUAAUGGCUGGUCAAAAUGAAAGAAUGAAGAAUUACAGUCCAUUGACAUUAAAGCUUAAAGUACUCUUACCAUUAUUGGAGCCACUUUGGGAUAUGUUGGUUUAUAUGCUGUAGAUAAAGUCAUGUAUAUCCCUCUCCCAACAGUAAGGCAAUGCUGUUCAGUUCACUAUCACAUUUAUUUGUUUAAACUUUUUAGAGUUGACUUUUUAAUUGUUAAUGUAUUAAUUAUGUGUAGCAUUUGCAACUAUUAAGUUCUAUAAAGAUUUUUUUUUUCCCCCUAUGCUCAACAAAUCAAAAUUACGAUAUGCACUAUAGUAUGGCAAACAUAGGAAUAGCUGGAAAAUUCAGUUCAUGUGGGGAUUACUUUGCUGGAAAGAGUCAAAAGAAGAAGGCAAAUAAACUAUACAUAAUAAAACACGAAGGCCAAUUGAAAAGUUUCUUAGCAUUAGCCAUUCUAUAGCAUACAAAAAGUUAACUUAAAGGUGAACCACCCCUUUAAUGACAUAAUUAUGAUGAUACUGGUUCACUGCUGUUAUCUUAGCAAAGCUCAAGGUGUUUACCAAUGGAUGUUCUCACUAGCCAUGUAAAUGAACAGAUAUUUCCUUGUUAUCAUUAUAUCAUUCUAGGCUUCAGGGCCUCGUAUUAUGUUCCCUUGGGUAGACUAAAGACAUUUGUAAAUUAGAAAAACUUACCAUAUGAUUAUACACAUACAAAAUGACAAAAGUAAAUCAACUUAGCAAUAAUACUUCAAUGAAUCUGAGCCCACCCUGUGAAGCAGUAGCUAUAUGCUACUGGAUAUAUAUUUAUAUUAAUAUAAUAUAAAUACUCAGUAGCAAACAGGGCACAUGCUAGCCUCAUGUAGAAACACACAUUUUUCCAGUUUGUGUUUAUUUUCAUGUAAUAGAUGAUAAUGGAACUGUCCAAUCUAAUCACUUGUAACGGUAUACUGUGCAAUUCCUAUGGCAGAAACUACAUUGUGGUAGUAAAAGGACCACUAUUUUGUAAUGUUUAAAGUAUGGCUUUUGUUUAAAUGUUUUACAGCUACACUGGAACUUUGUUGUAUAUAUGGCAGCAUAAUAGAUUCUGUCCAGCCAUUAGUACUGUGAAUCCAACUUCUGAUGUCUUUAGAUACAGAAUGGAUUUUAAUUUGCACUGCUGUAGAGAAGGAUAAAAAGAACUUGAAAACAA